AUGGUGGUUUUGGUGGUGGUGGUGGUGGACGUGGUGGUGGUGGUGGGUGUGGUUGUGGGUGGUGGUGGUGGGGUUGGCGAAGGCCAUGGUCAGGGUGGGUCACUUGGUGUUGGUGGCGGUCGUUGUGGUUAUGGUUGUGGAGGUGGUGGUGGCCUUGGUUGUACUGACCGUGGUAGUCGUGAUGGUGGUGUGGUCUGUGGUGGUUGUGGUGGUCAUGGUAGUGGUCGUACUGGUGGUGAUGGUGGCAACGGUGGUCGUGGUCAUGGUUUUGAUGGUGUUGGUGGGGGUGGUGGUGGUGGAGGUGGGUGGUAG